UCGUUUUGUUUAUUUAUUUUUCUCUGAUAGAGAGUUUCUUCUCCUCACGCCACGCGCCUCGAAAAGCGAAAAAAUGCAAUUACCAUAAAUUCGACUUGGCAAUCGCAGAGACGUUUUUGCGCCAAAAAAAGAAGAAGGAGAGAGAGUUGGAGAUUAAGGGCAAAUCGAAUCGGAGUGUUUUAGGGUUAGGGAUUCGGGGAAGAGGAUCGGAGCGUUUGAUGGUUUCGCUUGGAACCAUAAAAGGAAACGACGAUUGAAAAAAUAAAAUAAAAAUGGUGGUGAUCUCGGUGCAACAACAACAGCCGGUAACGGUGAUGGCCGGGACUUCUAGGGCUGCGUUCGGAGCGGAUCGCAAUGAGUCCUUUGUUGUCAAAGCUGAGUCUUCUUCUCUUUGCUCGGGAUCCUUCCAGGCUACCGGUUCACAUGAAGUUGAUGAAGACAAGCAUUUGGCUCUAGCGCAUCAGAUGUACAAGGCUGGCAACUAUGAGGAAGCAUUAGAUCAUAGCAAUACAGUUUAUGAGAGAAACUCUAUUCGCACUGACAACUUACUUCUUUUGGGUGCGAUUUAUUAUCAGUUGCAUGAUUUUGAUAUGUGCAUAGCGAAGAAUGAAGAAGCUCUUCGAAUUGACCCACAUUUUUCUGAGUGCUAUGGAAACAUGGCUAAUGCAUGGAAGGAAAAAGGCAAUAUUGACCUUGCCAUUCGCUACUAUUUGGUUGCCAUCGAGCUUCAACCAAAUUUCUGUGAUGCAUGGUCAAAUUUAGCUAGUGCAUACAUGCGAAAAGGAAGACUUAACGAGGCAGCCCAAUGUUGUCGUCAGGCGCUUCAACUAAAUCCUGUUUUGGUUGAUGCCCAUAGCAACCUUGGUAAUCUAAUGAAAACUCAAGGAUUAAUCCAAGAAGCAUACAGUUGCUACCUCGAGGCUUUACGUAUACAACCGACAUUUGCUAUUGCAUGGUCGAAUCUUGCUGGUCUUUUUAUGGAGUCAGGUGAUCUUAACAGAGCCCUUCAAUAUUACAAGGAGGCUGUAAAACUCAAACCUUCCUUUCCAGAUGCGUAUUUGAACCUUGGGAACGUUUAUAAGGCUUUGGGAAGGCCUCAAGAGGCAAUUGUGUGUUAUCAGCAUGCUCUGCAGACAAGACCAAACUAUGCAAUGGCUUUUGGUAAUUUGGCUAGUACAUAUUAUGAGCAAGGACAGCUGGAUUUGGCAAUCCUUCAUUAUAAGCAUGCCAUUUCAUGUGAUCCAAGAUUUUUGGAAGCAUACAACAAUUUGGGUAAUGCUCUAAAAGACAUUGGCAGAGUGGAUGAAGCAAUCCAGUGCUACAAUCAAUGCCUCACUCUACAACCCAAACAUCCACAAGCACUUACUAACCUUGGGAACAUAUAUAUGGAAUGGAACAUGGUGGGCGCUGCUGCUUCAUAUUACAAGGCCACAUUGAAUGUAACAACUGGAUUAUCUGCUCCUUUUAAUAAUCUUGCCAUAAUCUAUAAGCAACAGGGAAAUUAUGCAGAUGCGAUAUCUUGCUAUAAUGAAGUCCUUCGCAUUGACCCCUUGGCAGCCGAUGGCCUUGUCAACAGGGGCAACACUUUCAAAGAGAUUGGUAGAGUUAGUGAAGCAAUUCAGGACUACAUGCAUGCAAUAGCUAUUCGUCCAACUAUGGCUGAAGCUCAUGCAAACUUGGCUUCAGCUUAUAAAGAUAGUGGUCAUGUGGAAGCUGCUAUAAAGAGCUAUAGUCAGGCAUUGCAUUUUCGACCUGACUUUCCGGAGGCAACUUGUAACCUUCUACAUACAUUACAGUGCCUGUGCAGUUGGGAGGAUCGUGAUGAAAAGUUCGCUGAAGUUGAAGGAAUUAUCAGGAGACAAAUCAAUAUGUCUCUUCUUCCUAGCGUGCAGCCUUUCCAUGCAAUAGCAUAUCCUAUUGACCCAAUGCUUGCACUUGAAAUUAGCCAUAAAUAUGCAGCACACUGCUCCAUAGUCGCUUCCCGCUUUGCACUUCCUCCAUUCAACCAUCCUUCUCCAGUUCCUGUAAAGUGUGAUGGGGGAUAUGAGAGACUUAGAGUUGGGUAUGUAAGCAGUGACUUUGGGAAUCACCCAUUGUCACACCUCAUGGGAUCUGUCUUUGGCAUGCAUGACACAGAAAACAUUGAGAUCUUCUGUUAUGCUUUGAGUCCAACUGACGGCUCUGAAUGGAGGCAACGUAUCCAGUCUGAAGCAGAGCACUUUGUUGAUGUCUCUGCCAUGUCAUCAGAUAUGAUUGCCAAAAUGAUUAACGAGGAUGAGAUACAGAUUUUAGUUAAUCUUAAUGGUUAUACCAAGGGGGCAAGAAACGAAAUUUUUGCAAUGCAGCCAGCUCCUAUUCAAGUUUCCUACAUGGGAUUUCCUGGGACUACAGGAGCAACCUACAUCAAUUACUUAGUCACUGAUGAGUUUGUUUCACCUUUUCGAUUCUCACAUAUUUAUUCUGAGAAGCUUGUCCAUCUACCUCAUUGCUAUUUUGUGAAUGACUAUAAGCAGAAAAACCGGGAUGUGUUGGAUCCAAUCUGCCAGCAUAAGCGAUCAGAUUAUGGCCUGCCGGAAGAUAAAUUCAUUUUUGCAUGCUUCAAUCAGUUAUACAAAAUGGAUCCUGAAAUCUUUAAUACCUGGUGCAAUAUUCUAAAACGAGUACCCAACAGUGCCCUUUGGCUCCUCAGAUUCCCAGCUGCUGGUGAAAUGAGACUACGUGCAUAUGCUAUUGCUCAAGGAGUGCAACCAGACCAAAUAAUUUUCACAGAUGUGGCUAUGAAAAAUGAACAUAUCAGACGGAGUGCUUUAGCAGAUUUAUUCCUUGAUACGCCUCUAUGCAAUGCACAUACAACAGGUACAGAUAUUUUAUGGGCUGGUUUACCAAUGGUGACCUUGCCUCUUGACAAAAUGGCUACCAGGGUUGCUGGUUCACUGUGUCUUGCCACUGGUCUAGGGGAUGCUAUGAUUGUUAGCAGUAUGGAGGAGUACGAGGAAAAGGCAGUAUCUUUGGCAUUGAAUCGUCCAAAACUCCAGGCUCUUACCAACAAACUCAAGGCAGUCAGGCUGAAUUGUCCUCUGUUCGACACAGCACGCUGGGUGAGGAACUUGGAAAGGGCUUAUUUCAAAAUGUGGAAUAUCCAUUGCUCAGGACAGCGUCCCCAAAACUUCAAGGUCACUGAGAAUGACUUGGAGUGCCCUUAUGAUAGAUAGAACGUGAAGAAACAGGUUUAUAAGAUUAAAAAAAAGAAAUAAAAUAAAGAGAAAAGAAAGAAAUAUGAGAGUUUUAAUAUCAGAAAGGUUAUGUUUAGACUUAAAAGAAAAAUUUAAUUUAUAAGCCUACUGAAAUGAUGCAUUGGCUGCAUGUUACUGGUUGCAAAAAUGGGCUUUCUUUUUCUA